CGAUAUAUGUCUUUAAGCUUUUGGGCAGAAUCAUCAUUCUCAACUCCGACAAUCAUGGAAUGGCAGGGAUUUCAGUGAUGUGAGUGCAUGUCUACUGUACUACCGCUGCUGAUCCCCAGGCAUCUGGUCAGUCGCUUGGAUGUCAGCUAGGGUGCCCAGGGACGGGCCAAUACCGGGGGCCAUGGUUUGCAGGAAGGGAGAUCAAAUGCAAAGGGGAGGCAGGAAAAACGUAAGCUGUUCGUGCUUUAGCGAAGAUGGCAGGAAUUGCACUCGGGGCACCGCUUGAUUUUGGCACACACUAGAGCGGCUGCGCUGAAAAUAAUAUGCUCUGAAUUCAGAUGUUUCCUUAGCAAGAGGAUUCUCUUCGCCGCCUUUUUCCUCUUGCCUUGUGUGUGCCUGCAACAUAGUUCCAGGAAGGACUUUUCAGUACACUUUUCAGAACGUCACCACUCCUGCUCUGUUCGCUCUGAGUCCAAGCCCGGCACCUUCUUUGGUGAUGGCUGCGGGAACCUUUGCCUCAGCUCUGGUCCAUCAUAUGGACAGACUUCGACUCCACACACGCGUCCUUACUGCCAACAAGGACAAACGGGCACCACGUCGAUGCAAGCGGGCAUUGUGAUCACCGCAGGGAUUCUCUGCAAGAAUUUCGUCUGGUGUUUGUGCUUUGUAAUCUGCUGGGAGAUAUUCACGCUUCUUUUCUCGGUUCCCGCCUCCCUCGACGUGAGUUUCACAAGGCAAGGCAGGUUCUUCGGAUGAUGAUGUCAUGAUCGAGAGAUGACGAAUUCGGGUAUUUCCUUUCUAGGUUUCACAGUUACCGAAUGUCUCUUCUCUUUCUUGAGAUUUCUUGAAGAAUUUUCGAAGAAGGGUUCAAUCUGUUCCAUUUUACUAUCUGGACAAGCACGAGGAAAAUUUACUGCGCUGGUCUACAAAGCUUGUAGGUGCAUCGAUAACAUCCAGAAAUGUGUAAGUUAUCACCUGUAGAUUCUCAAAGGCCGCUGAUUUACAUAGUCUAUACUUGGCCACAUGUUCAGCGUGCUAGUUUAUCCAUCCAGUCGAAGUCAUGUUAACCAUUAGCACCGAGGAAUAUCGUUCAUUAUUUGCAAGAUUUGGAAGUGAAAACACUCUGUUCUCAAAAGCUUGAGGAAUUCUUCAACAUUUUAAGCCCGACAUUAUGGCAUGUAGACCAAUAUCCAUUUUAGUCAGACUCGCCUGGAAUGUUUUCAUUCUUGUAAAUGAUACACACCAUCGAAUUUUG